CUCAAAACCAUCGAUAAAACCCUCUCCUGCGGUCGGCCGACCUCCCGGACCCGUCGUUCCCCGCCUCCAGUCCGGCUCCUCGAAGCUCCCACUUUUUCCCCGCAAACCCUCUUCGGCGCUAGGGUUAGGGUCUACUGUCGACGCUUCGGCGAUGCCGGGCCAGCUCCUCCCUCUUCGCCUCCUUCUCGCCGCUGGCGCCCGUCGCGCCUCUUCCUUAGGCUUUAUCCUCUCAUUCCGCGUCAAGAAAUGUUCUUUCCAGUCGAAUCCUCGCUCCUUCUGCUCCCCAGGAGAUGAUUAUCUCGGCUCCCGGUUCUUUUCCAGCCGUACGGCGAGCUCCAGGUUCGGCGCCGUUGCCGAUGGUGGGUCGCGGGACUACCGGAGGGACGAGUUCCGGGCAGGGAGUGCCGCCAGGCAAGGGAAGAGCUUGAUCGAGGACGAGGCCGAACUCAGCGACUGGAUCGAUGACCUGAAGACGGAUUCUUUCCGACUGGGACUGAGCAGCGAUAGCGAGGAUUCGGACCGUGAUCGAUCCAGGAGAAGUAAAAGAAGAAACACAGACAGGGAUAGGGUUAGAGAAAGGGGAAGGAAUUUUUUGUCGACGACGAGGAAUCCGGCCUCUUCAAGGAGUCAGUGGGACAGUGAUUCCGAUGAUUUUUCUGCAUCCUCUAAGAGGGGAAAGUCUCGGAAUUCGAGCGCUUCCCUCUCAAAGAAGCGGUUUGAUAGCGAUCUGGAGGUGGAUGAGGACGAGGAUGAAGAGGAGGUCGUUCUUUCUUCUAGGCAGAGGAGGGAGCGUAGGAGUCAAGGUAGGGUGUCUUCGACAUUGGCGACGAGAGGAGGAAGGGAUCUUGACUCGCGAUAUAAACGGGGUCAAGGUGUGAGGAGUUCGGUUCUCGAGUUUUCGGAGGAAGAGGAGGACGAUGAGGAUGAGGAUGAUGAUGAUGACAUUGAUGAUUUAUCUGAUGACUUUUUUGGUGACAAGAAAGAUAAGAAAGAAGGGUCCGUGAGAGAUGUUUUCAGAAUUUCUGGUUCAUCUGAGUCAACUGAAGGAGAUGCAGAAUCAUUGCCAAGAAGAUCAGUGGGAGAACAUGAUUCUUACCUGAGCCAGACUAGGUUUGAUCAAUUCUCUCUUUCUCCUCUGACAUUGAAAGGUAUAAAAGCUGCUGGAUAUGAAAGGAUGACUGUAGUGCAGGAAGCUACCCUUCCCGUCAUCCUCAAAGGUAAAGAUGUUCUUGCAAAAGCAAAGACAGGAACUGGAAAAACUGUAGCAUUUCUGCUUCCAGCAAUUGAGCUUGUAGCAAAAUUACCUCCUGUUGAUCGUGAUCGAAAAAGGCCUCCAAUCAAUGUUCUUGUUAUAUGCCCAACUCGCGAGCUUGCAGAUCAAGCUGCCAUGGAGGCUAACAAACUAUUAAAAUAUCACCCUGCAAUUGGUGUGCAAGUUGUAAUGGGUGGCACAAGAUUAGCUCUAGAACAAAAACGGAUGCAAGCUAAUCCUUGCCAGAUUCUUGUAGCCACACCUGGAAGGCUUCGAGAUCACAUUGAGAACACACCAGGAUUUGCUACUCGGUUGAUGGGUGUGAAGGUCCUUGUUCUGGAUGAAGCUGAUCGUUUGUUAGAUAUGGGAUUUCGAAAAGAUAUUGAGAAAAUUGCAGCUGCUGUUCCAAAACAACGACAAACACUUCUUUUUUCUGCUACAGUUCCAGAUGAGGUCCGUCAAAUUUGCUACAUUGCUAUGAAAAGGGACCUUGAGUAUAUAAAUACUGUUGAAGAGGGGAGUGAAGAGACACACUCACAGGUUAAACAAAUGCAUUUAGUUGCACCACUUGAGAAACACUUCUCAAUACUUUAUGGCAUUCUGACGGACCAUAUUUCAGAAAAUGUUGACUAUAAGGUUAUUGUAUUUUGUACAACUGCAAUGGUGACAAAGCUUGUUGCUGACCUUCUUGCUGAGUUAAAGUUGAAUGUACGAGAGAUCCAUUCUAGAAAGCCACAGACUUAUAGAACCAGGGUAUCUAAAGAGUUUAAGGAGUCAAAAGGUCUUAUUCUUGUGAGUUCUGAUGUAUCUGCACGAGGAGUUGAUUACCCAAAUGUCACGCUUGUUAUACAGUUGGGAGUGCCUGCUGACAGGGAGCAAUAUAUACAUCGACUUGGUAGAACAGGCCGGAAAGGCAAGGAAGGAGUGGGCAUAUUGAUGUUGGCACCAUGGGAAGAGUUCUUUUUGAGUAGCAUCAAGAACUUGCCAAUAACAAAGGCUCCAUUACCACUAAUUGAUCCUGACACUAGAAAAAAGGUGGAACGGGCACUGGCACAUGUGGAGGUGAAGAACAAAGAAUCAGCAUAUCAAGCAUGGCUUGGUUACUAUAACUCUAAUAAAAAUGUUGGCCGUGACAAGUAUCAGCUUGUAGCUCUGGCAAAUGAGUUCAGCCGAAGCAUGGGGCUCAAUAAUCCUCCUGCCAUUCCUAAACUUGUCCUUAGAAAAAUGGGGCUUAACAAUAUCCCAGGUCUGCGGGCGAGGUAGUUUUAUGAACAUGGCUUCUUCCAAAAUUUUGGACAAAUUGUUCACUAUUACCUUGGGAAAAUCAUUACCCCUGCGGACAAAAAAGGAGCAUAUUAGGUAUUUUGUUAACAUUUGGCAGAUGCCAGAUGCCUUCAGGAUUGUUUUUUUGGUUGCAAUGCUUUCGGUUUUUUAAUAGCUUUACACUAUAUGCAUUUCAUUUAGAAUAGCCCAAGGUAAUCGGCAAUUGUAUAAUUUGAGUGAUGUUCUUGGGAUUGACAUGGAAGGCCUUGUAAUUUAUAGAUUACUUGCAUCUCACAAAUGCCAUUAGUGCUCAAUAUUUUUGGAGAAUGAAAUGUACAUGUUACCUAGGACUCUGUCAUGGAGUUGAGAAUUCAGUGUUAUUCUUGGUCUGACAGCCAUCAAAUGACUCUUAUUUUGUGCACUGAAAA